AUGCCGUCGUUGACAUUAGGCCAAGCGCAAAUCCAGGCUUUCCAGUUGAACAAGCGACGAAAACUCGUUCCUACGAUUGAUCCUGACAUGAUCGAGCCACUUAACCGCUUUUCGGAUAUGCUCGCUGAUAUGAACAGCGAUGAUCCUGUCAUUCGAUGCUGUGCGGCCGCGCAGCUUACAGUGUUAUCUCCUUUAAUGCAACAACUCGCCUUUGCAAAGAACGCCGCCAGCGUCCAUUAUGCUGCAAGGGAUAUGGAUCACAGUUGUCUCCGGUUCCUGUUCUGA